AGAGCGGCCGGGUUCCUGCUGCUCCACCAUGCGCCGCGCGGCCCGUGCGACUCGCCGGACCUCCCGGGCGUCCCUGCACGGACCGCUCGGUCUGUCCUAGCAGGGAUCGCCCCCAUCCCCAGUUCCCCUGCGGGCCGCUGCGCCCCAGUCGCCGAGGAGCUGCGCUCACCGCAGGGGCGGGCCCCCGCCUGGGUUCGCGACGCCAGCAGAAGACUGAUCUUUGAAAAUAUGUAUUUGGGAGAUAGUCACGUUCUAUUGAAUACCUUGUGCUGGUGCUGCCAUCGAAAAAUCUGGUUACACUCUGGGGAGGCCUGCCGCCUCUGCAGGACUGCACCGCCUCGGCCCUGAGAUGAGUGUCCGGCCUGAGCGGGCACACCAUGAAUAGAUACACAACGAUCAAGCAACUCGGGGAUGGAACCUAUGGUUCCGUCCUACUGGGACGAAGCAUUGAAUCUGGGGAACUGAUUGCCAUUAAAAAAAUGAAAAGAAAGUUUUAUUCCUGGGAGGAAUGCAUGAACCUUCGGGAGGUUAAGUCUUUAAAGAAGCUCAACCAUGCCAAUGUGGUAAAAUUAAAAGAAGUUAUCAGGGAAAAUGAUCAUCUUUAUUUUAUCUUCGAGUACAUGAAGGAAAAUCUUUACCAGCUCAUUAAAGAAAGAAAUAAGUUGUUUCCUGAAUCUGCUAUAAGGAAUAUAAUGUACCAGAUAUUACAAGGACUUGCAUUUAUUCACAAACACGGUAGGUGGUUUGGAGUCUUGUGCUUUUAACAGCAGUGAAAUGUUGUCAUCAGGUAGAAGGUACAGGAAGCAUCAGGGUCUUUGGUGACUGCCUCCCAGAAGAGGUUGACAGGUUGGGAGACUGACAGUGGGGUUUGGGAUAUGUUCUCUUUUGUCACUUGAUUUCUGAAUUUUUCUCAUUAUUUAUCAUGUCCGCGUGUUCUAAUUCUUUAGGCUUUAACAUUAAGCUCGUUGGUUAUAGGUCUAAAAGUUAUUCCUGCCCAUUACCUGGUGUAUUAAUAAGAUGCCUAAGAUUAGAAUUCAGAGACAUUUCACGUAUUAUGUUUAAUCUACUACUACUGCUUCACUGUGGCUUCUCAUUUUCCUGAUGUAUUAUAUUUCAGUCCAAAAGCGUUCAA